AUUAAACGUGAGUGUGUCAAAAGAUCAGGCCUAUAGGGCAAAGAGGCGUGCUUUGGAAAGGAUAAGUGGAGAUCUCGUUUACCAAUACAGUCGUCUUUGGGAUUACGCACAUGAGUUAAGAAAGAGUAAUCCAGGGACCACAAUUGUGUUAGAUGUUGAGACUGAUGAUGAAGAAUCUAUUUUUGACCGUAUUUAUGUGUGUUAUGGAGCUUUAAAAAAAGGAUUUAGUGUUGGUUGCAGAGCCAUAAUUGGUGUGGAUGGAUGCCACUUGAAGGGUAUUUACGCUGGUGUCUUACUUACCGCUGUUGGAAUUGAUCCGAAUAAUAAUUUGUUCCCAAUUGCCUUUGCAGUGGUUAGUAGAGAGAAUGGUGAAACAUGGAGAUGGUUCUUGACUUUGUUGAAGAAAGAUUUAAGAAUCGGGGGUGACAAACAGGUUACAUUCAUGUCUGAUAAGCAAAAAGGGCUGAUACAAGCGUUCGAUGUUGUAUUCCCAGGAUAUUAUCACAUAUUUUGUGUUAGACACAUGCAUAACAACUUUUUUAAUGCCGGGUUUAGAGGAACUGCACUGAAAAAUACAGUUUGGCGUGCUGCUUUGCCUUCUACGCCGGGGGAAUUUCGUCGUCGAAUGGAUGAGUUGAAAGAUCUUGACAGUGAGGCACACAAAUGGUUUGGCGAUAAGCCUGUAGCCCAGUGGAGUCGGAGUCACUUCAAAGUUUAUUCAAAGUGUGACAUAUUGUUAAACAAUGUGUGUGAAAGAUUUAAUAGUGCGAUCCUAGAUGCACGAGAGCAACCGAUUUUGUCGAUGUUGGAGUCAAUAAGACAAUAUCUCAUGAAAAUGCUGCAAACGAACAGAGAUAUGGCUGCGUGUAAAUGGAAAAACUUGCGGUUCUGUCCAAAUGCAUUGAAGUUGCUGGAGGGAAAUGUUCGGAGGGUAUCUGACUGCAUUCCUAUCAAGUCUGAUAAUACGCAUUAUGAGAUAUCUUGCUUCGAUGGGAGCCAACAUGCUAUUAAUCUUCGGGAAAGAACUUGCACAUGCAGACAAUGGCAGCUAAGUGGAAUUCCUUGCAAACAUGCCAUCUCUGCCAUCUCUAACCAACGAGAAGAAAUUCAAGACUACAUCGAUGAGUACUACUCCGUGGAGACAUACAUUAAGGUCUAUGCUCCUGCCAUAAUGGCUGUCACCAGUGACUUGUUUUGGGAGGUAACAGGUUUUAAUCCACCUGAACCCCCAACAGAAAUGAGGUCGGUUGGGAGACCUACCUCAUCCAGGCGAAGGGAACGGGAUGAACCUGUGAGAAAAACAAAAAAGAAGGCUAGGACUUUAAUGUUAAAGAAAAAUCAAAUGACUGUUCGUUGCAGAUGAUGUGGAAACUCUGGACACAAUGUUAGAAAAUGUCCACAGUCAGUUCAAAACCGUCGGCUUGAAGAAUCAUCACCACUGGUGGCUGGACAAGACCCUACGACAACAUCGGUACAACAUAGGCCACGACGGAUGUCUACGCGAUUUCAAAAAGCUCCAGCAAAGAAUGCCGUCAGAUCAAGCACCACUGUUCCAGUUAGUCAACCUGAGGUAAUUCCCACACAAGAAUCCAUGAUUACGACUCAACCAAAACGUCGAGGCAGGCCACAAAAGGAAAAAGCCUUGGAGGCUGCAACAGGGACAACAGGGACUCAAAGCCAGCAGGGACCAUCUAUGUGGGAGCAACUGCACGACAAGGGAGCAACCUGCAUCCUCCCAACUGUCUCAACACCAGAACCACAACCACCACAUGUGGAUAAGGUCCCAAAACGUGGUAAACAACCAAUGUUUACAAGACGGCCAUCGACUCGAUCGCAAGUUGGGCAAGCUAUGGAUCAAGGGCAGCGGUUCGUGAGCAUGGAUGAGCUCAGUAUAGUCCUUUCGACAGAGACAAAUGUGAAUUUGUAGUAAUGACAAGAAUUCUACAUUGCAGUGCUUGUUUCUGAACUAUGUUUUGGAUGACAUAACUCAUUUUUGUUGCAAUGUGUUGUGCUACAUGUUUUGAAUUAUG